AUGGUUAGAGGAACUAAACGCUGGAGAGCUCCGAGGGCAAGCGUCGAAAACAAAUUUGAAUUUAAGAGGUACAUAUACGACAAUCAGAUAAAUCAGUUGCCAUUUGGAGUCUUCAAUAACAACUUAGAGUUGACUCAUCUGUUUUUAUCCAAUAACCAAAUUGAAGAAUUACCAUCAACGAUAUUUGUUAACCUGACCAAGCUUAAGGCAUUAAAAAUAGAGAAAAAUAAGUUAAUGAAGCUCCAUCCAAAACAAUUUCGCGGACUGGCACAGCUGUCUGAGCUCUAUCUGUCGGGAAACAAACUCGGAAAUUUGCCAGAAGGAAUUUUCAAAGGCCUAAAGGAGCUUGAGAUUCUAGAACUCUUUGACAACGAAUUGAGGAAUGUUUCCAUCAACAACUUCAACGAAAUCAGGCAGUUAAAAAUUCUAUAUUUGCAUUAUAACUACAUGAGGGAGAUUCCCUACGGAUUUUUUAAAGAGUUGAAGGAUAUAUUACGAGUGAUAUUCGACACUAACCUGAUGUGUUGUCAUAUGCACAAAGAGGACGCUGGCUGUGCUUUCAUUGAGAAUGACGACUUCGCAAACUGUGAGAGCAUGUUCAAGAGCCCAACCCCGAGGAAGAGCAUAUGGGCAAUCGGCUCCCUUUCCCUAGCUGGGUCUGUGUUUGUCAUCACAUGGCGUUCAGUCUUUAAGGAUAGAAACACGGUACAAUCAAUCAUGUUAUUGCACUUGGCAGUCUCUGAUGGUGUAAUGGGAGCAUACCUAAUCACACUGGGUGUCAAAGAUCUGUUGUGGAGAGGAGAGUAUUACUUACAUGACUUCCAGUGGCGGUCCGGUUUAGCUUGCCAGAUAACUGGUGCCACCUCUUUGCUAUCCAGUGAGGCCUCCUUGAUGCUGAUGGCUUUGAUAUCUGCAGACCGACUCAAGAACAUUGUGUUCCCGUUCAGAGGUGGAGCACUUUCGCGGAAGAUGACCCACAUCCUUUGCGCUAUCAUAUGGCUCGUCGGCUUCCUCCUGGCUUUCUUUCCAAUGUUUGGCUUGAGAUACUUCGAAGAUCUUACAACAUAUCACAACUAUUACGGAAAAAGUGUAGUCUGCCUUCCCUUACAGCUCUCUCGUCACAAAACGGAAGGCUGGGAGUACUCUGUUUCUGUAUUUGUUGGCCUCAAUUUCUUCCUCGUCAUAUUCAUCACAGUUGCCUACCUCGCCAUAUUCAUAAGCAGAGUGCGAGUUAAAAACCAAUCAGCCAACACAAGGAGGGAGACCGGUCUGGCCAAGAGAGUGUUCUUCAUCAUCUUCACUGACUGUCUCUGCUGGAUACCAAUCAUCGUGUUUGGUAUGAGGUCGCUUUUGGAGAAGAAUUUCAAGCCACCGAGCGACUUAGCUGCUUGGAUUGCCGUGUUUGCUCUGCCCAUCAAUUCAGCGAUAAACCCGAUUCUGUACACGUUAGCAACACCAAAGGCGCAAGAGUAUCUGGGAAGCAAAAUAGCAAUGCUGAGAAGCUUCAUACGGAGUACUUUUCACUGCAGUGAAUAUCAAGAAAGACAACAACAAGAUCCACGAGAGAUUGAAGAUAACGGGCAACAAGAAGAUCAACAAGAAGGAGAAGCGGUGGAAAUGCAGUUUCUUGGAUUGCCACAUCCAGAUCAAGAUGCACAAGAGCAGUAUGGCGACAAUAAAAUUGGAAUUGUCCAACACCUUCACAAGGAGGAAGAACAAGAUCCACGAGAGAUUGACGAUAACGGGCAACAAGAAGAUCAACAUGAAGGAGAAGCGAUGGAAAUGCAGAUUCUUGGACUGCCACACCCAGAUCAAGAUCAGCAAGGAGCUGAAAUGCUGGAAAUGCAGCAAAUACCUCCCCAAGAACAAGUUUUGUUAAUACUGGAAGUACGCCUUCAGAGAGUUGUCCCACGGUUUUACACAAGUAUACUUUUACAAGCGCCAAAAGGACAUUACGUGGAACUGAAUUUCACCAUGCAGAGUUUAUAUCCAACACCCUGCAUUUAUGAUAAGUACCUUGAGGUUCGUGAUGGAUACAACAAGUCAGCCAAUCUUCUUGGUGAAUUUUGUGGAAGGAACAUUUCUGUUAUUGUGCGAUCCAGUGGACAGAACUUGUGGAUCAGAAAAUCAGUUCAGUAUAUUGGCAGGUUUCGGGGCUCGUACACCAACAAAAGACUCAAUUUUACAGUUGAACCCAACCUAGACAAGGUGGCCAAAACUCAAUUUGUUCUUUUCAACCAAACUUCAUCUCUUUGGUGUCCAGCCCAAGGUGCACCAGCACCAUUUAUAGUUUGGAGAAAGAACGAAAGAGUGGUACAGAACAGUACAAGUGUAAAAUAUCAGCUGACCAUUACUGGAGAAAACAAUAACAAGUAUAGCUGUGAAGUGAAGACACAGGAUGCUUUUGACAAGAAAGAAAUCAGUUUUGUCAUUGAAAGUGAUAUGUGUGGGGGGAACUUAAACAACAACCAAAUAGAGGAGCUAUCACCUAAAGUCUUUCAUAACAACUCGCAGUGGGUCGUUCUGGACUUGGGUAACAACCAGAUAAAGGAGCUACCACCUGGAGUCUUCAAAAAUAACACUGAGUUGAUGGCAUUGUAA